AUGAGUGAGCUGAUUAUGAUUAUGCCCAAAGUUCAUAUGUUAGUGGUUGACAUUUUUGACAUCUCUAUGGUUGUUUCUUUGUUUUUGUUUGUGAUAGUAGUUCUGAUAAAACGUCCGGAUCAGGACUCUACUAUUUAUCAACUCGCUUUUCAUGUUGGACUCAAAGGGCAUUAUAGUGGGAGCAAUGAAAAGAAGUAUUUUAUUCACAACCAUUUGAAAUUCACUGUCAAGUAUCAUAGAGAUUUGCUAAUUGAAUCUGCUAGAAUUGUGGGCUUUCAGGUGAAGCCAUUCAGUAUAUGUCAUGUGCUAUCUGAAGAUGUACUAUACUCACAAAGGAAAUGCAUGCAAUGCGAAGAGAAGAAACUUCAGGCCAAUGGUCGCUCUCUCAAAGAGUAUGAUCAGAUGCCUCUACCAACUCUGGAUGUUAUCGAUGGAUUAGAUGACAGAAUGUUGAUGGACGAGCUUAACUUUGACUUAUCAUCUCUAAAGGACGAGACCCUUUCAGCUGCAAUUCGUAGUGAAGGUCAUAUUGUGCUCAAUGUUACAUCAAGUGGCAUUGCCUCUCUACUCCUUCCAAAUGGGCGUACUGCGCAUUUCAGGUUUAAGAUACCCUUGGAUAUAAAUGAGGACUCAAUAUGUUGCAUUAAACAAGGAAGUUUAUUGGCAAGGUUGGUCUUCAAGGCUAAACUGAUCAUUUGGGAUGAGGCACCAAUGUUGAACAAACUUUGUUAUGAAUCACUGGAUAAGUGCUUGCACGACAUACUUAGGUUCGAGUCUUACUACAAUGCAGAUUUGCCUUUCACGGGGAAGGUUGUCGUCCUAGGCGGAGACUUUAGACAGAUACUACCUGUCAUUCCAAUAGGACCACGUCAAGAAAUUGUGCAUGCUUCAAUAAACUCUUCAUAUUUGUGGCGCUUCUGCCAGGUCCUUACACUAACGGAAAACAUGCGACUAACAAUGGGAACGAAUGUAUCUGAGGUAAGUAUGAUCAAAGAAUUUGCUAACUGGCUACUGAAAAUUGGUGAUGGGUUGGUAGGGGACUCAACAGAAGGCGAAUCAGAGGUGGAGAUUCCAAAAGAAAUGUUAAUACGUGAUAGUGCAGAUGCAUUUUGUGAAUUGAUGAUAUUUGUCUAUCCAAAAUUGUUGAGCAACAUUAACCGCAUGGGAUACUUUAAGGAAAGAUAA